AUGUAUCCUCAAAACUCAGCAGAUUUAGUAUUAUUACCUCAACGUUCAGUCGUAUCCUCUUCCCUGUUUACGACCAAUUCGCUUAUAGCAUCACGCUCAAUGGAAUUCGAAAUGGAAAAAGUAUUUCAUGCAAUGGAAAUGGGUCAUAAUGUUUACAAACUUCUACUGCUGAAGCGACGGGAUCCAGCGCAUAAAAAGCUUGCAUAUAACCGUGAGACAAGGCAGCUGUUUUUGUCAAAACUGGGUAAUUCCGGCAAGGUUAAAAAUAAGCUAAAAAUUUUUUAUGUGCUUUAUGAUUCUGGUAGUGGUAAAAUGCUACGGUUAGAUUUGCGAGUAGUGAAGGAAGUACAUACGCUUGAUUUUAAAUUGAGAACGAUCAAAAUCGGCGACAAGUGGGAAAAGGACAAAGAAAUCAAACAGUUUGAUGCGGCCAGAAUAUUAGUUUUAAGUUAUACAACCAGUUUCAAUUUGCGAUAUUGGAUUUUGUUGUUUGAUACAGAAGAUUUAUGUCGAAUGUGGUGUCAAGGUGUUCAGUACUUGAUGCUCGAUACAAUUUCUGCUUGUCAUGCACUCAUUGUGGAACGAUGGCUUAGAAAACAGUAUUAUAGUAUAGCCGGAUAUGGUCUUGAAAACUCUUGCGUAGCAAUAAAACAUAUGAAACCGUUCGUACAAACAAGUUUGCAGUAUAAGGUACAAUCAAAACAACUACAAGAAGUUUGCGAGGAGACGAUGUAUUAUGAUACUUUCGCAAAUGCUUAUCGCAAACUUUUGCACGCUAGUCCUCUCUUCUCAGAACAUUUUGCAGCUUAUUCUGAUGAUGCGGCUGUUGUUAGCUUCAACAAUUUCUUACGGUUUCACAAGGAUAAACAAAACGAUGAAAUAGGGAUGAUGCGCGAAAAAGCCAGUGAUUUUCUCAGACGUUUCUUAAAAGAAUGGGAUCCUUAUAGAGAUAUUCCUGAACCGGCCCUUAGCGUUACUGAAUUUUGCGAUUUCCUCUUUUCUCGAGAAAAUUCAUUAUGGGAUUCUAUUAAUGAAAAUGUUAUACAUGAUAUGAAUCGACCACUAAGUCAUUAUUGGAUUGCUUCAUCACACAACACAUAUCUUACUGGUGAUCAGUUCAAGAGUGAAUCCUCUUUGGAUACAUAUGCUCGAGCUUUGCUUAUGGGUUGUAGAUGUGUUGAACUUGACUGUUGGGAUGGACAAAAAAAAAGUUCAGGCGAAAUACAAGAUAUUGUUAUCUACCACGGUUACACAAUGACUAGUAAAAUCAAUUUGCGCGAUGUGCUUUACACUAUUCGUCAUUAUGCUUUUAUCAACAGCGAGUUUCCAGUGAUUCUUUCGAUUGAAAACAAUUGUUCGGUACCGGUACAACGUUUGCUUGCUCGUGAAAUUAGAGAAAUUCUUGGUGAUUAUUUACUCACAGCUCCAGUUAGUCGUGAAGAAACUUGUUUACCAUCUCCAGCAGCUCUGAAGCGAAAAAUUAUCUUAAAACAUAAGAAAUUGCCUACAGAAAGUGAAGAUAUUGCUUUACACCAAAUUGAUGAAGACCAGGAGCAAGAUUUGCUUUCGCUGAAUUUCACUCGGCGAGGAAUUCUGUCUUUGAAAAGCGGAAUAAACGAUGACUGGACAACUCACUUAUUUGUACUGUUUCCGGAUCGUUUAUGCUAUAUGCUAGAACAGUGCGAAAAUAAUAUCAAUAAUCAGGGGAUUUUGAGACGUCAAGAUUCGCUCGGAAAUACACAAGAUGAUGAAAAUCAGGAUGGUUUGACAAACUUGACAGGUUUUGGUGUUUCUCCAGAAGAAAUACACAUUACGGAAGAGUGGUUUCAUGGUAAAACAGAUCGGGAUACAGCACGAAUCCGUCUUCUGGAGCAUAAAGAUAAAGGCAAUGGUCUUUUUUUGGUUCGUGAUUCGACUAUUUUCAUUGGCGACUACUCCUUAUCAUUUUUACAUAAUGAAAAAGUACAUCACUGUCGAAUACGCACCAGGAUGGUGAAUGGUGAAAAAAAGUAUUAUUUUUUGGAAAAUAAACAAAUGGAUACACUUUAUGAGCUUAUAUCGUACUAUACGAAGGAAAGAUUAAAGACUCCGAAUUUUAGCACGACAUUGUCUACUCCGUGUCCGCAGCCUUGUCCCCAUCUGGGAAUGAUAUGGUUCUGUGAGAAAGCAGAUAGAAAUCGUGCCGAAGAACUGUUGAAUACAGUUCAACAAGACGGGGCUUUCUUGCUACGUUAUAGUUCUACUGAUAAAAACGUUUUUGUGCUUUCUCUAAGGGUAAACGGCGAAAUAUGGCAUUACCAUUUGAAACGAGAUGGUCGAAUUUUUGUUGUCAACCAAACAGUUUUCGAGAAUUUGAAUCAAAUAGUUGAAUAUUAUUCUACAAGAGAAUUUGUUCGUGGAAUUUGUCUGAAAUAUCCCAUAGACGAAAAUACUGUUGCUGAUUCUACUGGUUCAUGGUUUGGUAACGAUCGGGCACCUGGUUGUUACAUGGAACUCAAGGACAUUGAUAAAGAAAUAUUAGUACGAGCUAUAAAACCAUAUACUGGAUCUCUUCCCAACGAGCUUUCAUUCCCUGUAAAUGCAGUGAUAAAUGUGUUGAGGAAGGAAGGCAAUCGCUGGCGUGGAAAAUAUGGCAAUCAUUCAGGUUUCUUUCCUUCUCGAUGUGUUGUUGAACUGGAAACUUCUGAUAAUCAACCUAAUGAAUUGGGCCUUUACGCAGCUAUCGAUUUGGCUGAUUCUUUAAUUGAAGAAGUACCAUUUGAAGUUGCUGGUCGACCAUUUGCAUUUAGAAUCAGACGUGUUUCAGCACAUUGGAAUCCAAGCGAAUACAUGUUGGCAGCCAAUUCAAAUGAAGAUCGUGAGGACUGGUUAAAUAUUCUGCAUGAGCUGACGAGAACAGCUACGGAUCGUAACACCUUAAUACGUACACGGGAAAAAAAUUUGCGAAUAGCUUCUGAAUUAUCUGAUUUGGUAGUUUACUGUCAAGCAGUCCCUUUCAAUUCACAAUUCGCAACUCAAGGCAAUUUUUAUGAGAUGUGCUCGUUCAGUGAAACAAAAUUUGAAAAACUGAUGGAACGAGGUUUAGUUCAGUUUAAUUCUCGUCAAUUGUCGCGCGUUUACCCGCAGGGUUCACGUGUCACUUCAACAAAUUAUGAUCCGGUACCGAUGUGGAAUGCUGCAUGCCAUAUGGUUGCGCUAAAUUACCAAACUGGUGACAGGUCAAUGCAACUGAAUCAAGGUAAAUUUAUGGCUAAUGGUCAGUGUGGAUAUGUGUUGAAACCGUCUUAUAUGAUCGAUGAAAUGUUUUCUCCAGAUGCUGCCGAAAUAGCGUCUACCUCCUGUCCAGUCAUUCUUACUGUUCAUGUGAUAGCAGCACAGCAUUUGUCAAGAAAAGAUAGAAAUCGAGGUAUCUGUUCUCCAGUUGUUACGAUAGAAGUUGUCGGUUUGACGGCUGAUUCCACCACUACUCGAACACGACCUAUUGCUUCCAAUGGCUUGAAUCCGAUUUGGAAUGAAAAAUUCAGCUUCAAAGUGCACUGUCCAGAAAUAGCUUUACUUCGCUUUUAUGUUGAAGAUGGCGAUUUUAUGGGACCUAAAAUGGAUCCAUUUAUUGGACAAGCCGUGUAUCCACUUGAUUGCGUUCGCACCGGUUUUCGAUCUGUGACACUUCGCAAUCAGUACGGCGAGGAGUUGGAAUUGUCAUCGUUACUUGUUUAUCUCAACAUGCGCCGUCAAGGUAAUGAAGACGAAGUUCUAAAUCCACAUAUUGCUUUGCAAGCUGGCCGAUGUGUUGCCGGUGGAUUGCAUAAAACAUUAACAUCAUCUGGUAUAUUUUCGGCACGGUUGAAUUCAACUGGUCAGGGUAAUUUUGCACCACCACCUUCACCCAGUUUAUCAGCUGCAAGACAUAUACCAGUCGCGAUGGAUUUAACGCCCUUGGAGUAA